AUGGAUUUGGUUGUUAGGAUAUUUCUCUUAGUUCCUGUUUUGAUUGAAUCGCGGCUAGCAAGUGCUGAGGAUUUUGGUUAUGACGGAUCAAUUGGACCGACCUACUGGGGAGAUAGAUACCAGGAAUGUAGAGGAAAACACCAGAGCCCAAUAAACAUUAACGUCUUACGCGUGAAGCAGGUCGCGUUACCAGACAUUAGUUUCGUAGGCUUUGAUGACCCCAUUGAUAAUGUACAUGUCACAAAUAACGGACACACAGUAUUAAUUGAAGUGGAAAACGAACCGCAUCCUCGAGUGAGUGGAGGGCCACUCGAAGGGAAUUACGUGUUCAGUCAAAUGCAUUUCCACUGGGGCGACAAUGACACCUUAGGUUCUGAGGACAAGAUCAACCACAGGAGCUUUCCAAUGGAGUUACACAUGGUGUUCUACAAAGAAGAGUACAAAACUGUAAAAAAUGCUGUAACACACGCAGAUGGUCUAACCGUGCUCGCGUUUUUCUACGAGUUGGAUCGUCACCAACAUCCCGCAUAUGAUGACAUCACAUCAGCGUUGGGCAACGUGACAGAUCCACACUCAAGCGUGGUUAUGAAGAAGCCAUUUUCGUUCUUAAACAUUCUGCCCUACGAUUUAAGAAGAUAUUUCACGUAUAGGGGAUCGCUCACAACGCCACCGUGCUCUGAAGUUGUGAUUUGGUUGGACUUCGAACAACCAGUUAGAUUAACUCACGAUCAGAUAGAAGUAUUCAGAGAGCUACGAUCAGCGAGUGGCAAAAUCAGACACAACUUUAGACCAAUUCAGCCAAUCGGUGAUAGAACUGUAUUCUACAAUAUCGACAGCAACUAUUACACUUAUAAUGAGAUUGAUGAUCCUGAUAGAGAACCGGAGUGGCCACAGAAAAGGAAAGGCCGAAACAGUGCCAGUGUGACUAGCUCUUGUAUUACACUAAUUAUAAUUAUCGAAGUAUUAAUAGCAUAUGUAGAUAAAAUUCAUUAUUAG